UCGCUCAGCUGAUCGACCCACGUGUUGGAGCUGCGCCUUGACAACGCGACACCGACUCAAUUCUCUGUUAAGCGUUCAAUUAAAGGGAAAUCUUGGAUCAUUCCAAAUUUUGUCUUUAUCUCUUGGGAUUACUUACCAGUGUAAGUUCAAAGCGUCAAGUCACUGCAUACACUGAAUCAUCAUCCACACCAAGUUCCCCUAUUAUAAACGCAUUUAACCGGUGAAUCGUAGCACGUAUCUUUCGGCGGUAAACGAUCAAUAAACAGCUCCCGGGGAUUUUCAGUCUGUUCAGCGACCACGAACGCACUCUCACGUGAGAUCAGGAAUAGCUGUCAAAGUGACCACGUGUUCUUACGAAUUUCCGAUUUUUAAAAAGUUGCUGGGAUCGAAGAUUAAAAUUCUCACUGGUGAGUUUCGAGGAAACAGCAUCCUUGCCCCAUAUCGCGGCACGGAAACGCAGUCAAAUAAGCUCUCGCAUCUUGCAAGCACAGGAAGCGCGGGAAUUGGCAUUGGAAUUUGACCUACUUGGUCACGCGUAUCAUGCAUAUCGCGCGAAUCUUAUUCGACGCCUGAAACGAGCCUCGUAAAAGCCUGCCGCGAAGAUUAUUAAACCAGAAUAUCCUCUCCGAUUAGUCGAAGAAGUAGCUUGUUAUGUGGCCAAUCGCAGGAUCUAUAAUAUGCGACACAGCGUACUAGUCAUUUUGUUGGCAUGGAUCUUCGCGAUACAACAAGGUCUGUGCGGCAAACUCGAACGGGUCGCCCAUCGACCCAACAACGUUCUCGACGACUAUUAUGCUUAUCGUCACAUCUCCAUAAUCCAUUUCAAUGUCCCGGAUUGCACAGUCGCUGCAGGAUUCAAGUUCACUGUAAAAGAAGAAAAAACUGGAGGAAUAGGUAAAUGCUCGGCUCGGAAUGUUUCCGUGUUUUUGAAGUCCGGUAGCCUGCCGUUUGUCCGGCCGGAUGGAUCGAAGAUUGCGGCGAAACUCAUGAAAGGAAGACGACGAUAUUAUCCUCUGAAUAUGAAGAGUAACGGAGACGAAUACAUGAUAAAAAUCAGUGCACCCUCGCCAGGCGAUUGGUAUGCCAUUGCAUUUCGAUCUUGGAGCGACCCUGAUAACGGGAAGAUCACGCAACAAGGACUUGGAGCAUCGUGUGAUACCGUACUGGAUGCAGAAUUACUCCUAGAGUCUGCCUCUGUAGUUUCGCCAAUGGAUCCGAAAUUGAAAUACGAGGUGCAUAUGAACGAAAGCGCGGACUCGGCUGUGAUGCAGUUAUUAAUUCCCGAUGAAUUUGUGGACUCCAGCUUGUCGUUAAAAUCGUCUUGCGGCGAGGAAUGCGAAGUCGCUGUUCACGUGACUGCAGAGGAUCAGUUGGCAGGGAUGAUAGUGAACACUACAAACGCCACCGUAUUUUUCAAGCCCUAUUCGGACGCGUAUCACUACGUUGUCCUUCGGUUACUUUCCGGAGAGUCCACAAACAUGUCUUUGCAACUGGUCGACAGUUCUCCUACCUAUGAACCAGGUCAGGUGAAGUCGGUAGAUUUGAUGAGAAAGUCCUUGCCCGAUUUUUUUCUGUUCGAUUAUGAGCAUCUGCGAGGAAACGGUACAAAGCCAUCGGCGUUCAAUCUAACCUCAGACACCUUGUCCGUCCUCAGUUUCGAAAUCGGUAGAGUGUACGACGUCGGUGGAACAUUGACUUUAGGGUUGAAACUAGUUGAUGCGAAAGACAAAGAGAAGAAAAAUAUCGUCGUAGUUGCAUGCAUUUCGUUAGGUUAUUACUCGAAUAUCACUGCCGGUGGGGGUUGCACUCGCAUGGAAAACACGACGGCCGCGGAUAUUUAUGUGAACUCCACAGGACCAGCCACUAUUCACAUUCCUUUCCCGGAACCAGGAAUCUGGCACAUAAGUCUGAAAGCGUUCUGCGUGGAGGAAAACUGCCACUGCACCACAACUUGUUUGAACGGGACCGCCUGUGAUGACUGUAACUGUAUGAGCCCUUGUGACACCAGAAUAGAAAGCCGUAUCUCUUCGUUACCAUGCAUCGAAGGUCGCUGUAAUUCUCGUGGCAAGUGUAUGCAUUACAUGAGCGGCGGUUUCGUGUUCGCCGCAUGUCAUUGUUCUGGCGCUUAUCGAGGUUUUGAUUGUGCGGAUGAUACUUACGUUCUCAGCAACAGCGACAUAAUUAUCCGUGUAUUAUUGCUAACAUUCAGCAACUUGGCGUUUAUCGGUUCCGUUUAUGUAGCAGUGCGUCGAGAAUAUUUCACGGAAGCAAUAGUUUAUGCUGCCGUGAUGUUUUUCUCAACGUUCUAUCAUGCCUGUGAAGCUGGGGAAGAUGUGUACAGCAUAUGCAUUAUGAGAUUGAGCGUGUUACAAUUCUGUGAUUUCUUCAACGCUCUUCUGUCCAUUUGGGUAACGUUAGUGGCGAUGGCCUCGUUUGGACCAAAACUCACUGCUUUUUGUCAAAUAACUGGAGCUGUUAUCUUGGCUAUGAGUGCCGAAAUGGAUCGUACAGCCCUCUGGGUGUUUCUUCUGCCAGCUAUGACAGGCUCAGCAUUGAUCGGCCUGUCCUGGGGCAUGAGAUGUAAAAGGAGGGGCACGGUCCGUUAUCCAUCGCGUCCUUAUAGAAGCAUUUAUUUUCCGGCUGGUCUUCUUCUAGUCUCCCUCGGCCUUGUCUGUUAUGCGUUCCUACAGACGAGAAGGAAUUAUUAUAUCGUGCACAGUUUGUGGCACGUGUGUGUUGCUAUAGGAGCCAUACUACUUUUACCAAAGCGACAGUAUAUGAAAUGAUUGUUAUGUAAACAUGUUGUCGUACUUCUUCUACAAAGUGAAAGUUAUUGAAAAGUGUUAUUAUCUAGGAAAAAAGUCUCGUUGCCAAUUCAAUGAAGAAACAGGUACAAAAAUAUUCAUAGUAAUCGACGGUGCUCGUAGAUGACGGUACAUCGAACGUAUAUUGUAAUUAUCAGAGAUCUUAUUCUUGUAAAAGUCGACUAAAGUUUAUAAAAUAGAUAAUUGUUCAGCAGUUAAAUGCAUGUUAUAGAGCAAUCUGGAUUGACAGUAUUAAUUACUUCAAGGUUGUUUAUGGUUGUAUUUUCAUAAUUAGAUAGCCUGAAACAUAUUUUCAUCUCACCAAUUAAGAUAUAUUUCUCUCGGGAUAGGAUCACUCGAAUGGCAUUAUGCUUGAUUGCUUACGUUUGUUAAAUUUAUUAACGUUAACUAAAUUACACUGCUUAAUAAUACGUUUAACGGAUAUUUAAGUAUUUUGCUAAGGACCAAAGAAAUUCUAGAAUACGAACACAGAAAUACAUACAUAGAAUAUAACAGAGUUCAAUAUUUUUCCUGUAAAAGCGAAGAUUACAUUUUACUAACGCGUAUGUAUCAUAGUGAUCUAUUGUUAACCAUAAAUCCCUCAAGAAAUAUCUUGGGGCUUAAGUUCCAAUUCGAAUAUCGACCAUUCAAUAUCGAUAUUCGACAUUAAUUUUAGAGAGUUCGUUUUACUUCUCUUAGGAAUUAAAACCUCGCACGCGACUCAUACAUUAAUGAAAAAAUUAUAUAUUUGUAUACGCUCUGAAACAUUAUUGUAUCUACAUCGAGGGUCGUAGAAGAUUCAGAACAGUGCGCAAUGUACGCUGUGUUCAUAUUGAAAAAUAACGAAUCGUUACGCCGUGUAAUUUUAUACGGUUCUGUUUGCCUUACACGAAGAUUGUGUAAACAACAAAUGUCUACGUUGAAAGAAAGUUGUCGCGUUACACGCUGAACUGCGCGAACCAACGACUCCGUCGCAUUACACGGGAACAAUUUCACUUUCCUUGGUUCGCACGUGUACAAGAUCAAAUAAACGUGAAAAGAAAUU